AUGAGAAACACAGAUUUGAAUCCCAUUUUCAUCUUCCUCCUUCUCCUUGUUUCUUAUAAUCAUUAUUACAGUACUGCAGAACCACAGCCGGGAAAACAACCAUCGUUUCCUUACAGAUCUCCGACAACUUUAUGGGACGUGGCGUCGGUUAGUGUAAUUGUUGGAGUCGUCUUCGCAACACUUCUCUUAAUUUUCAUCUUCUUGUUGUUCCUGCGCAGCUACUUACUGUCUGGGUCAUCAAAAUGUGAAGUUGGCAUUGGUAUAAAUCCUCAACUACUCAAGACUUUCCCAAUUUUAUUGUACUCUUCCUUAAACAAACAUGUUAAGGAAGGUGAUGAAGGUACUCUACCGUGUGCUGUGUGUCUCGCUGACUUCCAUGAUAAUGACUCCAUUCGUGUGUUACCUCCAUGCAAUCAUUUCUUUCAUCCUCCAUGUAUUGAUGCUUGGCUUUCUUCACAUGUCACUUGUCCUGUUUGUCGUACCAACCUCAAUGAUUAG